UUGUGAACCAGUAAGUUGUAGAGGAAGAGAAUGAGGAAAUGAGAUAAAGAUAAAGUGGACGAGUGGAGGACUGCACCUCCAGCAUCCCCCAGUCCUGAAGCAACAUGUCAGGACUCCAGCUGGUCACCCCCGCCUCCAAUCCCAUGGGGCCUUUCUUUGGUCUCCCGUGGCAACAGGAGGCCAUCCACGACAACAUCUACACGCCUAGGAAAUAUCAGGUUGAACUUCUUGAAGCAGCUCUUGACCACAAUACUAUCGUCUGUUCAAAUACUGGCUCAGGGAAGACCUUUAUUGCAGUACUCUUAACUAAAGAGCUUUCCCACCAAAUCCGGGGAGACUUCGCCAAACAUGGGAAUAGGACAGUUUUCCUGGUGAACACAGCAUUGUCUGUGAUUCAGCAAGCAGCUAGUGUUAGGACCCACUCUGAUCUCCAGGUUGGAGAAUACACCAGUGUGGAGAAGACCUCCUCAUUGUCUGGGGAAAAGUGGAGCCAAGAAAUGAUCGAAAAUCAGGUGCUCGUUAUGACUUGCCAUAUCUUCCUGCAUGUGCUGAAGAAUGGAGUGUUGCCACUAUCGAAACUCAACCUGGUGGUGUUUGAUGAGUGUCACCUGGCAAUCACAGACCAUCCCUACCGGGAGAUAAUGAAGCUAUGUGAAGGCUCUCUGUGCAGCCCUCGCAUCCUGGGACUCACAGCAUCCAUUCUGAAUGGUAAAUGUGACCCAUCUGAACUGGAGCAGAAGAUCCAGAACCUGGAGCGGAUCUUAAGGAGCAAUGCAGAGACCGCUACUGACCUUGUAGUCCUUGACAGAUAUGCUUCCCAGCCCAGAGAAGUGGUGCUGGACUGUGGACCCUACCUGGACAAGAGUGGUCUCUCUGAGUGUCUGCUGAGCGAGCUGGAUGAGGCUCUCCACUUCCUCAACGACUGCAACCUAUCUGUGCCUCGAGAGGACAGAGACCCCACCUUCAUAACCAAACAGGUGCUGAGGGACUGUCGGACAGUGCUGCUGGUGCUGGGGCCGUGGUGUGUGGUGGCUGGUAUCAUGGUGAGGGAGCUACAGAAGUACAUCAAAAACGAACAGGAAGUGAUCAACAGGAAGUUCCUGCUCUUCACUGACAACAUCCUGAGGAGGGUCCACGCUCUGUGCGAAGAGCACUUCUCACCGGGUUCUUUGGACCUAAAGUUCGUGACCCCCAAGGUCAUCCAUCUCUUAGUGAUCCUCCGUGAGUACAAGCCUUUCGAGAGGCAGCAGUUUGAGAGCGUGGAGUGGUACAACAACCGCAAUGAGGACAACUACGUAUCGUGUAGUGACUCAGAGGAUGAAGACGAGGAUGAGGAGGUGAAGGAGAUGCCCGAGGCGAUCUUCCCCUCGCCAUUCACCAACAUUCUGUGUGGGAUCAUCUUCGUGGAUAGGCGCUACACAGCCGUCGUCCUCAACCGACUGAUAAAAGAGGCCAGGAAGCAGGACACCGAGCUGGCCUACAUCAGCAGUAACUUCAUCACAGGCCAGAACCAGCCACAAAAAAAACAGUUGGAGGUGGAAUUCAGGAAGCAGGAAGAGGUUCUGCAUAAGUUCCGAGCCCACGAGACCAACCUGCUCAUAGCGACCAGCAUCGUGGAGGAAGGAGUGGAUAUUCCCAAAUGUAACCUGGUGGCGUUCGAACUGCCCACUGAGUACAGGUCCUACGUUCAGUCUAAAGGCCGAGCCAGAGCUCCUGUAUCCAACUACAUCAUGCUGGCUGACAGUGAGAGGGCCAAGACCUUAGAGGAUGGCCUGAAGACCUACAAGGCCAUAGAGAAGAUUCUGAGGAAUAAGUGUUCCAAGGCAGCAGGGGUCGGUGAGUUUGAGGUGGAACAGGAGCUGGAUGAGGACAACAUCCUGCCUCCCUACGUGCUCCGCUCUGAGGACGGAGGGCCCCGCGUCACCAUCAACACGGUCAUCGGACACAUCAACGGAUACUGUGCCCGUCUGCCCAGUGACCCGUUUACCCACCUGGCACCCAAGUGUAAGACCAAGGAGCUUCAGGAUGGGCGCUACAAGUCAACCCUCUACCUGCCCAUCAACUCCCCUCUACGGGUGCCCGUCGCUGGGCUGACAAUGAACUGUGCAAGACUGGUAGAGAAAGCAGUAGCACUGCUUUGUUGUGAAAAGCUUCACAAAAAAGGUGAGUUAGAUGACCACUUGAUGCCUGUGGGGAAGGAGACAGUGAAGUAUGAGGAGGAGCUGGAUCUCCAUGACGAGGAGAAGACCAGUGUUCCAGGCAGGCCAGGAUCCACCAAGAGGAGGCAGUGCUACCCUAAAGCUAUACCGGAGUGUCUUCGGCACAGUUACCAUGUACCGCAGCAGUCUUACUACCUGUAUGUGGUCGGCAUGGUCCUCACCACCCCUCUGCCUGAUGAGCUCAACUUCCGCCGCAGGAAGCUCUACCCUCCAGAAGACACUAGCAGGUGCUUCAGCAUCCUGACCGCCAAACCUAUACCUCGGAUUCCCCAUUUUCCUGUUUACACACGGUCUGGUGAGGUGACCAUCUCCAUCGAGCUCCAGAAGGCAGGGUUCACCCUGAGUGCUAUCCAGCUGAACCUGAUCACCAGAUUACACCAGUACAUCUUCUCUCACAUCCUCCGCCUGGAGAAACCUGUUUUGGAGUUCAAACCCACGCAGGCCGACUCAGCCUACUGCGUUCUACCGCUCAAUGUUGUUGAGGAUUCCAUCACUCUAGAUUUGGACUUUAAAUUCAUGGAGGACAUGAAGUCUGAGGCUCGUACUGGCAUUCCUACCACCCUGUACACCAAGCAGAACCCCUUCACCUUCAAACUGGAAGACUACCAAGACGCUGUCAUCAUUCCACGGUAUCGUAACUUUGACCAGCCUCACCGUUUCUACGUGGCUGACGUUUACACAGACCUCACACCACUUAGCAAGUUCCCGUCACCGGAGUAUGAGACUUUUGCUGAGUACUACAAAACCAAGUACAACCUGGACCUAUCCAAUGUAAACCAGCCACUAUUGGAUGUCGACCACACCUCCUCACGACUGAUCCUGUUAACCCCUCGCCACCUGAACCAGAAGGGGAAAGCACUGCCCCUCAGCAGUGCAGAGAAGAGGAAGGCCAAGUGGGAGAGUCUACAGAACAAACAGAUCCUGGUCCCAGAGCUGUGUGUCAUCCACCCCAUCCCAGCCUCUCUGUGGCGGAAGGCUGUGUGUCUCCCCAGCAUACUGUACCGCCUCCACUGCCUCCUCACAGCUGAGGAGCUGAGGGCCCAGACAGCCAGCGACGCUGGAGUUGGAGCCCAGACCCUGCCCCUUGACUUCAGCAAGUCUUUCAUCUGUCUGCGUGAUGAGGAAGAGUAUGAUGAUGAGGAGGAGGAGGAAGAGGAUAGCGGUGAUGAGAACUGUAAACAUCACGACCAGACUGCAGCCCCUGACCCUGCUGUUGCUCAGCAACCCUGUAGUGAAUGUCAUGUCUCCUCCCAGCCUGAGAGGGGUGAUGUCAGCAAACACCCAGAAGCUGACAGGCCAGAGGAGGAGGAGCCCCAGCAGCCAGACUCUGCCUCCUGCACCAAUAACCUCACUAAUGGCACUGCUGCCGUCGCCAAAGACGACAGUGACUACGGCGACCACACACACCUUCAUGACGGACGUGAUAACUCCCAUUUCCUCCCGACAAUGACAACACAAACCACUGCCUCAGUUCUUCCUGUGCAGCUCUUUCCAAGCACAGAGAACCAGAAUCUAACCCCAACACGGCCCUGGACCCAGUCUCAGCUUCAGCACCCUCAACCCCGAAUCCAGCCUCAGCCCUGGACCCAGCCUCGACCCCCACAGCCUAGCGAUGAAUGUAAACCAGUGGGGACCACAGAGCUCCGUGAGGGCAAUGGACACCACGUGAAUCAAGCUACCUCAGACUCCUCCAGCCCAGCAACAGUGACGUGGCCCAAAGGCACCGCUCCCAUCACAACCACAGCACUUUUACCUGACUACUCAAAGACCCAGGAGACCAGUUCCACAGGGGGACACACACCUGGCCCCUGCCCCAAGACCCUGGGGCCCAACCCGGGGCUUAUCCUUCAGGCCCUGACCCUAUCCAACGCCAGUGAUGGCUUCACCCUGGAGCGUCUGGAGAUGCUGGGAGACUCGUUCUUGAAGCACGCCAUCACCACCUACCUGUUCUGUACUUACCCCGACGCACACGAGGGACGACUCUCCUACAUGAGGAGCAAGAAGGUGAACAACUGUAACUUGUCUCGUCUGGGGAAGAAGAAAGGUCUUCCAAGCAGGAUGGUAGUGUCCAUAUUUGAUCCGCCGGUCAACUGGCUGCCCCCUGGCUACGUGGUCAACCAGGACGAGAGCAGCGAAGACGAAUGGGAUAAGGAUGAGACCAAAGAGGACCCCCUGGACAACGGUAGUGCUGGAAAGGAGUUCUGUGAGGAUGAGGUGCAGCUCGAGGAGGAGUUGCUGGAGGAGGAUGAAGAUCUGAUGUGGAAGGAGUCUAAAGAAGUCAGCAUCGAGGACAACCUGGAGUACUUCCAGGUAGGGAGGAGUUCAGCAAAAGGGGUCUUAUAUAGUGCACUACUUUUGACCAGGGCCCAUAUGGCUCUGGUCAAAGAAGUGAUGCCCCCCAUCACGAAUGUAUUCAUUGCUCUAACUCAUCCCUACUACCCGGAGCACAUUAAGUUCAUCGACAACAUGCUCAUGAGCUCCGGUGCCUUGGGCAAGAAGAUCUCCCUCAGGACCUUACCCGCUGCCCUCGCCACCCCGGCCCCUGGCCCCAGCCCCUCCGCCCACUCCUCCUCCCCUGCAGCCGAGCCCAGCUUCGGGGUGUGGAAACCCCCCAAGAAACCUGGCCCGGUCCCCACCCCCAACUACCCCUCGGAGCCUGGCGGUGGUGGCUCAGCAGAUGAGUUUGACUACAGCUCGUGGGACGCCAUGUGUUACUUGGACCCCAGGAAGGCGGGGGAGGAGGAUGAUUUCGUGGUGGGUUUCUGGAAUCCGUCUGAGGAGAACUGUGGGGUGGAGCUGGCAAAACAGUCCAUCUCCUACGACCUGCACACGGAGCAGUGCAUCGCUGACAAGAGCAUCGCUGACUGUGUAGAGGCACUGCUGGGCUGCUACCUCACCAGCUGUGGGGUGAGGGCUGCUCAGAUGUUCCUCUGCUCCCUGGGACUCAAGAUAGUGUUACCGGUGGAGAGUCAGACUCUGAGGGAGGAGGGCGGAGUCACAGAGGUAGCGAACCUUGACGUCCAAUAUGGCUGGCUGAAGAUCCCGCCCCGCUGCAUGUUCGACCACCCGGACGCAGAGCACACCCUCAACCACCUCAUCUCCGGCUUUGAGAACUUUGAGAGGAAAAUCAGCUACACCUUCCAGAACAAGGCCUACCUGCUGCAGGCGUUCACACAUGCCUCCUACCAUUAUAAUAUCAUUACAGAUUGUUACCAGCGGCUGGAGUUUCUUGGCGAUGCAAUUUUAGACUACCUCAUAACGAAGCACCUUUAUGAAGACCCUCGCCAACACUCUCCCGGCGUGCUCACAGACCUGCGCUCGGCACUCGUCAACAACACCAUCUUCGCCUCCCUGGCCGUCCAGUAUGACUACCACAAGUACUUCAAGGCUGUGUCGCCCGAGCUGUUCCACGUCAUCGACGACUUUGUGCAAUUCCAGCUGGAGAAGAAGGAGAUGCAAGGCAUGGACUCUGAGCUGCGGCGGUCAGAGGAAGACGAGGCGAAAGAGGAGGACAUUGAGGUCCCCAAGGCAAUGGGAGACAUCUUUGAGUCGCUAGCCGGAGCAAUUUACAUGGAUAGCAGGAUGUCACUGGAGACUGUGUGGCAAGUGUAUUAUCCAAUGAUGAGGCCACUUAUAGAGAAAUUCUCAGCUAAUGUCCCUCGCUCUCCGGUGCGGGAGCUGUUGGAGAUGGAGCCAGAGAAGGCCAAGUUCAGCCCUGCAGAGAGGACGUACGACGGGAAGGUCCGUGUGACGGUGGAGGUCGUAGGCAAGGGCAAGUUUAAAGGCGUGGGCCGCAGCUACCGGAUCGCCAAGUCUGCCACCGCGCGCCGGGCUCUGCGCAGCCUCAAAGCCAACCAACCUCAGGUCCCGAACAACUGAGUGUCACACGCUAACUAGCUAGCUACUGACGCUAGCAACUGACACUAGCUACCUACAAAUGUUACUAGCCGGUAGCCACUGAUGCUAGCUACUGACGCUAAACAGUAGUUACCGGUGCUAGCGAUUGAUGCUAGGUACCAAUACAGUGCAACAUUAGCCCUGUAUCUCCAGCACACAACGGCGAAGCCAGGGAACGUUCUGUAGAGACCUGGGGAAGUCCCAACACAACAAGAGAGCUGAUCUGGUCGUAACGGAUUUUACGUUGGAUGUUUUUUUGCGCAAACACAAUCUUUACUUUCCUUCUCUGCUUUGUGUAAAUCACAAGAGUGUUUUAUUAACAUAUAGCAAAGUGUUAAAAAGAAGAAAAAAAGGUCAGGUGUCGCUGUUUAUUUCAGUUUUUUUAAAUGUUUGCUUUGUGUCAGUGAGAUAUGAGGCUUAUGCUUAUUAUGAGUAGUUUUAGAUGGUUCAAAUCAAAUGUGUAAAUUAAAAAAACACUCAACUCCUCAGUCUGUGCACUAGUGCCAGUUUUAAAGUGUUUUUUUAAAACGCUAUGGCUAAGAACAUGGCAAGCAGAGGCCAGACCACCGACGAAAUAGACCAUUGGGGCCCACCUCUGUCUGAACUCUCUUGAAAUGGUAUUCUUAGAAUGCGUCUCAAAUGGCACCCUUUCCCCUAUAUACGACCCUAUGGGCCCUGGUCAAAAGUAGUGCACUAUAUAGGGAAUAGGGUACCAUUAGGAAUGCAAUAUCAGUCAUUAUUGCACUUAUUCCAUUACUCUCUGUUGUGUUUAGAAUUGUGUGGUUGGAUGGACAUAAAUACUAUACGUAACAAUAUCUAUAAAUUUACGAUGAAAUAUAAAUAUUAUUUGCCUUACAUACUAAGACCCUUCCUCGUAUCCUGAAAAAAAAAUGAUAGAAAGUCAACAUACCCAGUUACUGUAAUUUAAUAAUAGAUUUUAAACAGCAUUUGAGGAUGCAUGUUAGUGUAGCUUAUGUAUUAAUAACCAUGGCAAGUGGAUGGCUUAUAUAAACAUUAUAAAUCCAUCAAUAUAUCUAAAGUGAAAGAAUGACAUAAGUUGGAACUUUAGUUUCAAGUAUGUCUUUUGAUACUAAGAUUGAUAAUGUUCCUUUUGAUGGUCAUUUUUUUAGCAUUUAGUUCUGUCUCUCUAUUGGCUGAGUUGUUUAGCUUUUGAAAAUAUUAUGAAAAAGAAAACAUAUCACCCAGGUAAUAUUCUGCAGAUUUUGUAUGAAUAGGAUACUUCUGUAAGGCACAGAGCACCUUUUAAGUAGUCUUUAGGACACAUAGACAACGUUGUUCUUCAACAGAAUUGCGGUUCACACAUCCCUUCACGUACCAAAGCUUAUGCAGAUGUGGCACAUGUGAGUUCCUAGGGAUAUGGAUACCAGCCUUUUUGUUUUAUAAUUUAGUUCAAACACAUUGUGACUACAUAGCUUCGUAGACUAAAUGUUUCUAUUUUCUCUCAAAAAUGUAAUCUCUUCACUUGAAUACCUCAGUUGAUUGCAUGCAACAACAAAAAAUUGCUGCCAUGAUUUUCUUUCUCUUCAUUUUAAGCUUGAAUUUUUCAUCCUUUUUGCACUGUACCUACAAUACCUCUUUAUUUGACCUUUGAAAUCUCUCAGUUGGGUUGAUUGACCUGUUUUAGCAGCCAUCAAGCUGUGGAGGUUUUGCUUCGUUGUUGUCAUAGUUUUUUCCCUCUCCCCUCUUUUGAUUUAAUGCUUGAAGAUUUGGUGGGGUUAAACCAGAGGGUAUUCUCAUUCUGCACAUGCAUAGGCCUAAAGUAAUGUGUUUAGUCUCUGUUGAGCAUCAAUCCUCUUCAAAUGACAAAUAAAUUAAUUAGCAAUGAUCUGACGAGGGUUCCAUCUGUACUGUAGCUUGUUGAGGUAAGCCGAUUGCACUCUCUCUCUCACCUUGUGUGGCCAGCCCAGUCUUACUGUAGGUUGAAGACUCUUAAGAUUCUAGAUUCUAAGAUAAUUUCUCACUCUACUCUCAACUCACUUGAAAAUGGCAUUCCUCACAGCUGUUUCAUUCCUUAAACUGUUACACCCGUGUUGUCCUAAAACAGUGGGUGUGCAACAAACGUAAUUAAGCUCUUUCAAAUUAUUAACUUAGUAGUGCCCAAAGUGAAUGAAUGAAUUAGGAGGUUUGUGGUGCAUUUUAUGGUGUUAUAUUUCAUAUAUAUAUAUCAUGUAUGCUUUCGACGAUUUCUGUCAGUAUGGCAAAUGUAUGGCUAAGUCAUAAAAUCCUACCGUAGGUAUACUACCUCAGAAGACACUGCACUCUGAUCAUUGCCAGUCACAAUGUCUUGUUUAAAUAUAUAUAUCAAUACAAAUGAACUGUUUUUUUCUGGACACAACUGCAAUUUGACAAAUAUCUAUUGCAGGGACAUAUAUACUGUAGUCUUUUUACUGUGAUAUCCGUACGUUGCCUCUCGAAGGCAACCUUGCCUACAGUAGCUGCAACAAGCCUAGUACUGUUUGUUCAUAGUGGGUAUGUGUGUAUGCAUGCAAUACUAUUACUUAACCUGGUGCCAUACAAUGGAAUUUGGUUUCUGAACUUUGGAAUACCCAUGUAAAUAUGCUACAUUUAUACAUUAUUGAUAACAGCAUUCAAAAGUUGCAUGUGUAUGUGACUAGAAGGAAGGCUUAACUAAACUACAGUGGUGUAUAUUAUAUUAUAACGUUAUUAUAUAUAUUCAUAUUCUGACAGUUUGUUUUAUAACAUAUCAUUUGACAUCAGAUGCCAUCGUUUAGAGUGCAAUCUGGAUUUACGCUCUCAAGCAGCAGUAGUGUGACCCCGUUAAGCAUUCGUUAAGUAGUGAAAUUUGGUCUAAGGUGUACAUUGGUUCCAAGGAGGGGGACUUCAUCAUAAUAAGCAUCAAGUAUCGGACUGGAGAUUGGAGCUUCAGGCACUACCAGGCACACUGUCUCUCCAACACUCAGUCAGUCUAAAGAACUGCAGCUAAUGUAACAUUCAUCUAUAUAUGUUUUGGUUCUGUGUUCCGGAAUUUCAAUGCGUGCGUGCACACACACAAAUGUUUUAUUUGGGGGCCAUGACUUUAAAAUAAUAUGACAUCACUCA